AUGAAACUCCCCUGGGUGGUGCUCAGCGCUACAGAUAUGCUGUACCUGGUCAACCAAUUGCCGGCGCUGUACCGCUUGGGGUUUUCGUACUAUGCACAUGGAAGCCCACGCUGGGAACUUGAUCAGCUUUCAGGUGAACAAGUUGCUAGUACCAGGGACGCACUUCGGCUCGUGAAUACCUACUGUCUUCAAGAAGUUGUAGUCUGGCGCUUGGUCGACAAUGUUCAUGAAUACUUUGCAGUUCUGAGAGCCAACUGCUCGCUGAUACUUGCUGGAUCGCGGCUCCGUUCGCUGGUCAAGAUCACCAACGUGCAGAAUUAUGCUCAGAGAUAUCCUGGAGUUGUGCAGGACAUCGGCGGUUUCUUUCGCUACCCCAUGUUUGAUAUGCCUCACAUUUGCGAUAUUGAAGUAAUCAAUGACACACCAUAG